AGAAAACAUUUUCCGCAGCUUUUCUUCCUCGGUAAGAACACCCCACGACUUUGAAAUUUUCUCCGUCUUCUUCUUCUUCUUCAGAUUCUCUUCUUGCUGUGAGAUUGUUCGUAUUCCGAUUACCGAUUUCCGAUCACCGUCGCCAUUCCGACGCCGGUGAAGCUGUACUUACCAGAUCUGACUUGCCAACUCCAUUCACUGGAUUUUCCUCCCAAAAGUGUUAAUUAGUUACGAGCAUAAUCAUGUCAGCAAAACCAAAGAGGAAAACAGUAAAUGAGAAUGGUAAUAAUGUAGGUGAAGAUCUUGUACUCACUACAUUGAUUGGGAAUGGUGAGGAUUUAGGUCCAAUGGUUAGACAUGCUUUUCAAAUGAAUAGACCUGAAACACUUCUUCAUCAACUUAAGCAUAUUGUUAAGAAGAAAGAAGUCGAAAUCGAAGAACUCUGCAAGUUACAUUACGAGGACUUCAUUCUAGCUGUCGACGAGCUCCGCGGUGUGCUUGUUGAUGCUGAUGAGUUGAAAGGCGAUCUCGCAAGUGAGAAUUUUAAGUUACAGGAGGUUGGUAAUGCUCUUCUUAUCAAACUUGAAGAGAUUCUGGAAUCGUAUUCGAUCAAGAAUAAUAUUACUGAAACGAUUAAGAUCUCGAGGAACUGUGUUAAGUUGUUGGAUUUAUGUGUGAAAUGCAAUAGCUAUGUUACAGAAGGAAGGUUUUACCCUGCACUGAAGAUCAUUGAUUUGAUUGUGAAGAAAUAUUUACAGAAUACGCCUGUUAGAACAAUGAGAAUUAUGAUGGAGAAGACAAUUCCGUCGAUCAAAUUACAUAUCGAGAAGAGGGUCACCGGUGAAGUAAACGAAUGGCUCGUGAAUAUAAGAAGUACUGCUAAGGAUAUCGGGCAAACUGCUAUAGGACGAGCUGCUUCAGCUCGUCAAAGGGAAGAAGAAAUGUUGGAUCGACAGAGGAAAGCCGAGGAACAGAGCUGUUCCAACCUAGGAGAUUUCAAAUAUACCUUGGAUGUUCAAGACGAUGAUGAAGAGGUUAACAUUGACGAUUCUGUUAUCAAAUUGGAUCUUACUCCAAUUUAUCGCGCUCAUCACAUCCAUACUUUCCUAGGCCUGCAAGAACAGUUUCGCGAGUAUUACUACCGAAACAGAACGUUGCAGCUAAACUCAGACUUGCAAAUAUCGUCCAACCAGACGUUCCUCGAAUCCCAUCAGACGUUCUUGGCUCAAAUUGCAGGAUAUUUUAUAGUCGAAAACCGAGUUUUAAGAACUGCUGAUGAACUUCUGUCAGAAACUAAACUCGAGACGAUGUGGGCUGCUGCUGUCUCGAAAGUGGUGUCGGUUUUAAAAGAGCAAUUCUCGAGAAUGGACAAUGCCAGCCACAUUCUCUUGGUCAAAGGCUACGUGACUCUUCUCUUGACAACGCUCAAACAAUAUGGUUAUCAAGUCGAACCGAUUCUCGAAACCUUAGACAGUAGCCGGGAGAAGUAUCACGAGCUUCUCUAUGCAGAAUGCAAACAGCAAAUCAAGGAAGCACUAGCAAAUGAUGAUUUUAGGCAAAUGGUGAUCGGAAAGGAAUCGGAAUAUCAGACGAAUGUCAUCGUUUUCCAUCUCCAAACCUCCGAUAUAAUGCCGGCAUUCCCUUACUUAGCCCCAUUCUCCUCCAUGGUACCCGAUUGUUGUCGAAUUAUCCGAGCGUUUAUAAAGGACUCAGUCAACUACUUAUCGCACGGGAGUAACUUAAACGUAAACGCGUUUGAUUCCGUUAAGACAUAUUUAGACAGGCUAUUAAUCGAGAUACUAAACGAAGCGAUUCUGACCACAAUUCAAAGCGGGAUGAGCGUUCAACAGGCAAUGCAGAUCGCCGGGAACAUAACCGUUCUCGAGAAAUCCUGCGACUAUUUUCUUCAGCAUGCAGCCCAACAAUGCGGGAUACCGAUCCGAACAGUUCAACGCCAUCACGCCAUCAAUCUAACAGCCAAGGAAGCUCUCAAGACAUCGAGAGAUUCCGCUUAUGUGGCGCUGUUGACUUCGGUCAACGCUAAGCUAGAAGAAUCGUUGUCGCUCGUGGAGAAUGUGAACUGGAUACCGGACGACCCUCCCGCAGACACUGAGGGCGGGCACAGCUUCGUUAAUGACACGGUUAUUUAUCUCGACACGAUUUUAUCAACCGCGCAACAGUUAUUGCCGUUGGACGUUUUUUACAAACUUGGGAUAGGUGCUUUUGAGCAUAUAGCAUCUGUUUUCGUAGCUGCUUUUAUGAGCGAAUCGGUAAAGAGGUUUAACGCGAACGCGGUUAUGGGGGUGAAUAACGACUUAAAGGCAUUGGAAGCGUUUGCGGAGGAGAGAUUUGAGAGGAGCGGUUUGAGGGAGAUAUAUACCGAAGGGAGUUUUCGCGAAUAUUUGAUAGAAGCGAGACAAUUGAUAAAUCUUUUGCUUAGCAAUCAGCCGGAAAACUUCAUGAAUGCGGUUAUAAGACAGAAGAACUACAAUAGUUUGGAUUACAAGAAGUUGGUUUAUAUUUGCGACAAGUUUAAGGAUUCUUCGGAUGGUCUGUUUGGUAGUUUAGCGUCGCGUGGAGCUCAAAAUCCUCGGAAAAAAUCAAUGGAGAUCUUGAAGAGAAGAUUGAGGGAAUCUAUCAACUAAUUACAUCAAUGCAGGUUAGGGUUUGAGAUUAAGAAAAAAAACUGUGUUUUAUAACUGGAUUCUACGUGAAAUGAGUGCCUUGUUCAAGUUGGUUAAUUAGUACUAUA